AUGCCCCGCCUGAAAAUACUGCUGGCUGGGGCCCUGCUCGCCGGUUUCGCGGCCGCUCGAUGCUCUGGGGGACAUCGUCGUCACCACGUCAAGAUUCAAACGAUGUUCAAACCCCCGAUUCUCGGCAGUCCCUCGAAUCACUCCGUUCCUUUCAAAACGGAUGGCCCUUACCUCAGUCUAGCGAAGGUUCAAGGAUCCUCCUCGCCUUCAAUGUCCGGAGCUUCAGCACCGACGUUCGAUCCUAACGUCAACACGAACAAAUCGACGCAAAAUCAGCCACCUGAUGUUGUUGGAUGGGCACUCGAUGGUGUGUCAAAGUACGGAAUCGCACUCGGUUUUAUUCCCGAUGACGGUGAGUCACUCUGCAGAAACUGCUCGACAAUCGCUUCAGAACGGUUCAGGCGCAAGUGGGCCGCCCUCCUGUUUCAGAAAUUUCAGAGGCGCUCGCGCCUCUUCGCGCGUCCGGCGGCGGUCGUUGCCUCGGAUAUCUAUCAAGAGGCUUGGCUCAUUCGGUGAAACGGCGGGUCUUAUCUCUUCCAUCUCCUAGGCUCUGGCGGCGGUACUCGUCAAACGAUCGCCGAAAUUAGUUCAAUGAUCGGUCAACGCGUUUCAGCCCAAGGCUACUACGCCCAAGUCAUCGCCGGCCACCCGUUCGACGGUUGGCAAUUAUUAUCCAAAAUGGACCAGAUCGCCAAGGACGGAGGAGUAUUCCAAGCUUCGAUCAUGCCGAUUAGUGAGUUUGAUGAUGUUCUAUGAAGUUUUUGAGAGCCGCCGCGGGAGCAACGGCUGUGGAAGGUAAGAGAAGCGCUAAUAUCUGGCCCUUGUCUUGGCUUCUGCUUUUGUUUUCCGGUGCCAAAGAUGGAUGGGCGGGCCUGACUUGGGAAGACGAUCGACAGGCCGUGGCGAUCUGUACGGUGCUGAAAAGUAAGUGCUUCCCCCAGGCUAUCUUUGGGAUGACCGCGGUAGUAGGGUCACCCCGUUUUGUUCCUUAUACUGACCACCACUCCACACCGCAGAUUUCACCCACCUCCCGAAGGUCGAAGUCUGGUUUCGUUUUGCGCACGAAGUGAACUGGUACCUAAACGACGGAACCUACAAAGGCACCGUCGACGACUUCCAGCAAGGCUGGAGCGUCGUCGCCGCGGCAUGCAAGAAAAUCGCCCCUCGAGUGAGAAUGUGGUUCACGCCCAACGUCGCCAACUUGGAAGAAUAUGACCGCUACUACCCCACCAAUCAUUCGACCGUCGACCUGAUCGGGAUUGAUUACUAUCCCAAGGUUUUGAGUACCGCCGAUUUCGUCAAGGUGAUGAAACCGUUUCACGACAAAUAUUGCACGUCGUCGGGACCUUAUUUCGCGAUUGGGGAGACGGCAGUGGGGUCGGAGGUCAGCAUGACCGAUCGUAUUAAUUGGUUGAAACACAUCCUCUCGCCCGAGACCAAGAUGCAGUUGCCCUUCUUGAUCGCCGUCACCUGGGUGAGCACGAAAGCGCCGGACUACCGUCGAACCGAACCUAUCACUUACUUGAAUAUCUUCCAGUUCAACUUCGACAAGAUGGGCAUCGAUUAUCGUAUCGCUGAUACCCCAGGCCCGACUUCUUUGGCCAUCAAACUCUUCCUCGAUGCUGGCGACGAUUGA